CUCUCUUCAAAGUCAGCAACAGGCAGCCCAGGGGGAACUUGAAACAGUCUGACGGACAAAGCGGGGAAAGUCGUGCUGUCGCUCCUGCGCUCAACAGAUAUUCCUUACAAAGUAUGCCGUUUAUACUAGCUCGCGAGUGUUUUUGUUUUCUAUUAGCAGAUAAUAUGUCGCCCAAAGCGUAGCUUCUGAACUCACGUUUUAUUAAGUGACAGUUAGACGGAACUUUGUGGGACAAUGCAGGCGAGUGCAAGUUUGUGUCUGUUUUUGGCACUGGUGUUGCAGUGCUGUUUCGUGGCGUCUGGACAGCAUCACGGAGAUAGUCGGAUAGCCUUUCCCGACCAUGGCUUCUGUCAGCCCAUAACCAUCCCCCUGUGCACAGACAUCGCUUACAAUCAAACCAUUAUGCCAAAUCUGGUCGGACACUACAACCAAGAGGAUGCUGGGCUGGAGGUCCAUCAGUUUUACCCACUAGUCAAGGUACAGUGCUCUCCUGAACUCAAGUUCUUCCUGUGCUCCAUGUACGCUCCAGUGUGCACGGUUUUGGAGAAAGCCAUCCCGCCGUGCCGCUCCAUUUGCGAGAGGGCAAAGCACGGCUGCGAGGCCCUCAUGAACAAGUUCGGCUUCCAGUGGCCAGAGCGGCUGAGAUGUGAACAUUUCCCCGUGCUGGGAGACGGACACAUCUGCGUGGGCCAGAACGACUCCGUGGCUACAGUGUCGCCCGUUCACAUGCCCGUCCCAAGAACGCCUGGUAUUCAGCUGUACUCUUCGUUGGACAAACCGUUCCGCUGCCCGGCAGUGCUAAAGGUGCCUUCCUACCUCGGUUAUAAGUUCUUGGGCGAGCUGGAUUGUGGUGCUCCAUGUGAGUCCUCCAGAACACAAAGGGUUUAUAUGUUCUUCACGGACCAGGAGAUUGAAUUUGCCCGGAUUUGGAUCCUCAUCUGGUCCUCCCUCUGCUGUGCAUCAACCUUAUUCACUGUGACCACGUAUUUAGUGGACAUGCAACGAUUUAAGUACCCAGAACGUCCUAUUAUUUUCUUGUCCGGCUGUUAUACCAUGGUUUCCAUUGCGUAUAUCGCUGGUUAUUUUCUUGGGAACAAAGUUGUGUGCAACGAGGGCUUUUUUCUCGAUAGUUAUAAAACCAUCGUUCAAGGUACGAAGAAAGAAGGCUGUACGAUUCUGUUCAUGAUGCUGUAUUUCUUCAGUAUGGCGUCUUCAAUUUGGUGGGUAAUCCUGUCUCUCACUUGGUUCCUGGCGGCUGGUAUGAAAUGGGGCCAUGAGGCUAUCGAAGCCAAUUCACAGUACUUUCACCUGGCUGCCUGGUCCGUUCCGGCUGUAAAAACUAUUAGCAUCCUGGCCAUGGGACAAAUCGAUGGAGAGGUGUUAAGUGGCGUCUGCUUUGUGGGCUUGAACAAUUUGGAUCCCUUGAGGGGCUUUGUGCUGGCCCCGCUCUUCAUCUACCUCUUCAUUGGCACCUCGUUCCUGCUGGCCGGCUUUGUGUCCCUGUUUCGCAUCCGCACCAUCAUGAAGCACGACGGCACCAAAACGGAGAAGCUGGAGCGCUUGAUGGUCCGCAUAGGUGUCUUUUCGGUUCUUUACACUGUCCCGGCCACCAUCGUCAUAGCUUGCUUUUUUUAUGAGCAGGCCUUCAGGCAGCACUGGGAGAAGAGCUGGAUCAGUACGAACUGUAAGAGCCUGGCCAUCCCCUGCCCCAUGCAUCCCACUCCUCACAUGACCCCCGACUUCACCGUCUUCAUGAUCAAGUACCUCAUGACUCUCAUUGUAGGGAUCACUUCGGGAUUCUGGAUCUGGUCGGGGAAGACGCUGCACUCUUGGAGGAGGUUCUACACGCGUUUGACCAGUAGCGGACAAGGGGAGACCAACGUUUGAAACUGGAGAUCAUGGUACACAUUUUCAUGCAAUGAU